AGGGAAGCGGCGCGUUAAAUCCGCCCCCUCCCCGCACCCCACUUCCGAGGGGGUGGGCGAUAGAGGAGAGGUUGGAGCCGAGGCGAGGGGGCCCCUCCCUUGCACCUCCCCCCACCGGACUUGGUCGCGCCCGAAGUGUAACACUUUCUCUUUGUCGGAGGAGCUCCGCUGUUUCCUGUGCUGUAGCUCCCGUUGCGGCGGCGCCGGUGGCAGCCCUGGCGGAGGCAGCCCUGGCGGAGGCAGGAGCGAUGGCAGCGACCGAUAUAGCUCGCCAGGUGGGUGAAGGUUGCCGAACUGUCCCCCUGGCUGGACAUGUGGGGUUUGACAGCUUGCCCGACCAGCUGGUGAAUAAGUCAGUCAGCCAGGGCUUCUGCUUCAACAUCCUGUGCGUGGGAGAGACAGGUUUGGGCAAGUCCACCCUCAUGGACACCCUGUUCAACACCAAGUUCGAGGGGGAGCCAGCCACCCACACACAGCCGGGUGUCCAGCUCCGGUCCAAUACAUAUGACCUUCAAGAAAGCAACGUGGGGCUAAAGCUCACCAUUGUUAGCACAGUGGGCUUCGGGGACCAGAUCAACAAGGAGGACAGCUACAAGCCCAUUGUGGAAUUCAUCGACGCCCAGUUUGAGGCCUACCUGCAGGAGGAGCUGAAGAUCCGCAGGGUACUGCACAUCUACCAUGAUUCCCGCAUCCACGCCUGCUUGUACUUCAUCGCCCCCACGGGUCAUUCCUUGAAGUCUCUGGACCUAGUGACGAUGAAGAAGCUGGACAGUAAGGUAAACAUCAUCCCCAUCAUUGCCAAAUCAGAUGCCAUUUCUAAGAGUGAGCUAACAAAGUUCAAAAUCAAAAUCACCAGCGAGCUUGUCAGCAAUGGAGUCCAGAUCUACCAGUUCCCUACAGAUGAUGAGUUGGUGGCAGAGAUCAACGGAACCAUGAACGCCCACCUGCCGUUUGCUGUCAUUGGCAGCACAGAAGAACUGAAGAUAGGGAACAAGAUGAUGAAGGCACGGCAGUACCCCUGGGGCACGGUGCAGGUUGAAAAUGAAGCCCACUGCGACUUUGUGAAGCUGCGGGAGAUGCUGAUCCGGAUCAACAUGGAGGACCUCCGGGAGCAGACCCACAGCCGGCACUAUGAGCUGUACCGCCGCUGUAAGCUGGAGGAGAUGGGCUUUAAGGACACCGACCCCGACAGCAAACCCUUCAGUUUACAGGAGACGUAUGAGGCCAAAAGGAAUGAGUUCCUAGGGGAGCUCCAGAAAAAAGAAGAGGAGAUGAGACAGAUGUUCGUCCAGAGAGUCAAAGAGAAAGAAGCUGAACUUAAAGAGGCAGAAAAAGAGCUGCACGAGAAGUUUGACCGUCUGAAGAAGCUACACCAGGAUGAGAAGAAGAAGCUGGAGGAUAAGAAGAAAUCCCUGGACGAUGAAAUGAACGCUUUCAAGCAGAGAAAGACGGCAGCCGAGCUGCUCCAGUCCCAGGGCUCCCAGGCUGGAGGCGCACAGACUCUGAAAAGAGACAAAGAGAAGAAGAAUAAUCCAUGGCUGUGUACUGAAUAGUAUUCCCCGCUACAGCUGGACUGGACUCCAUUUAGCCUUUUAAGCCAAGGUUCCUAUUGUAACUGACAGCUUUCCUUUGGAGCGCCAGGCAGCUGGGUCCCCUGCCCCUGCCAUGUACUUCCACUUCAAGCCCCACUUCUUCUUUUGAUUUCUGCCUCACAGUCCCACUGGCACUGACCAUGACCUUCUUCUUUUUUAUUUUUGAGGUUUUUUUUUUUUUGGGUCACUUUCUUUCAAAACACACAAACAAGGCUAUGCGAAAUUUUCAGGCCUUUCUGAAGUAUUGAGAAUGGGGAGGGGGGUUCUCGCUUCAAUAAUAGAUAAUGACAGGAAGCAAAAAGUAGAAAAAACGAAAAGCAAACAAAUGCACACACUUUAUCUUUUCUUGUUGGCAAAGCAAGAGUGCAGUUUUGAUAUGUAUUGUUUGGUGAGUCACUGAUUGGUGAGUGGCCAGAAGCAAGUAUGAAGGUGGUGCUGCGAAAGCAUAAGCUAGUUUCUUGAGAAAAUCCAAGUCACACAGUGGAGCAUUUUAGGAGACCCUGUGCUCGGAGAUUUAAAAAACAAAAAAAUUUGGGUACUCAGCCAGUAGCUCAGGGAGAUGCUAAGCUAGGGUUGUCAGGUCUCCUUGGGAAAGGCUACUUAUUUGCAGCUUUGAUGUUUCUGUGACCAGUUUCACGGCUGCUUCCCAAGAAUCCCAAACUUAAACAACUAAUCGGUCUCCAUCCGCAGUAAUUAUUUGCAUUACAAAUAGGAGGCCCCCUCAUUUGCAUUUGUUUACAGAUUAACUACUUGAGGCUUGAGGAGCUCUGAAAACUUCAAAAGGUAUUAGAGCCACCCAGCCUUUGAGAGACCUUCAGAGACUAGGCAGGAAUUUUGUAUGAAGGGAGACAUUUUGGUCCAGAAGACAGGACCCACUUUUUUGUAAGAGGAAAUUGAGGCCCCGAGAAAUGAAGGGACUUGCCAGACACCCCAGUCCUGUUUCAUGGCAGAAGCCAGGCUAAAUUCAGUGUCUCCUGAGUCCCGAGCCGUUUUACAAAUGGACUCAAUGUGUUCAUGUAUGUUCCUGGAGACAAGUCUUCUGAUGUUCUGGAGAAAAUGAAUAGUUAGUAUUAGAGGGCCUUUGAGGUUUUUAUCCCGUAGGAAAAUAUUCGAGGAUGGGGUGGGUAGGGAUAGGCAAAGCAGAGGACUCUAGGCCAGCUCCUGAACUGAGCACUUCCGCGGACGAUAAGAGUCACAAGGCACCUGUUAGCUGCUCAGCUUUCCUGGGAGUCUGGAAUGGGGCGUGCGGAUGCGGAUGUUUAACAGGUGCCUUAGAUGAUCCCUGUCAUCAAGGAAGUUUGGUAAACAAAAAUCUACCCUGUGAGUGAACAUGAGACCUUUAGAAAGUCAACCAAGGCUAUUAAAAGAAUUAAAAUGCUUAUUUUAUUGGGUAGCUUGUCUCACUGUAGACAGAAAGGGUUUCUUCCUUCUUCAGUGAAAAGACUUUUUAAGUGGUACAGUUAUUACUAUUUUAAAAAAUACCCUAAGUACUCUGUUUACUUCUGGUGAAACAAAACUAGUCGUUAGAAAUAGUCUGUGUCCGGCUCCACGCCCACCCCAACCGAGACUGGAAUAGAAUGGUUUUCUUGAAAAAUCCCCACGUGUACACACACACACCCCUCAUGUCUCUUAAGCCAAGAAGUUUGCUUUUCCUAGCUGCAGUCCAGAUCACUUUUUUUUGUUUAUGUUUUUUGUUUUAAUUAUUUGGCAUUCACAUGUGGCUGUUAAUAUGUGCUCUCUCUCUCUCUCUCUUUUUUUUUUUUAAUUAAAACAAGAAGCUUUUAACUGGUGUGUGGUGUUCUUAAAACCUUCUCAGCAGAUUUCCCGGUGGUGAUGGUCCAUCAGUGACCCCAUUUCUCACCUGUCUUCUCCAAGUAUACUCUGUGCUACCUCACACUGCCCACUUCCCUCACCCUGUCUUACUUUGAAUGUCCUUUUUCUUUAGCUAAUUUCAUGUUUUCUUUCUCUUUCUCUCUCCCUCUCCAGCUUUUUUUAAUCUUGUCUUCAGCAGCUGCACUAAGUCUAAAGGAGAAGACUGCCAUUAUAGAAGAGUUAGGGUUCCAUAUUGUCUCAAAUCAGAAACCAACCAAUUCCCUCUCCCUCCAAAGUGCGUGCGCAUACACACACACACACACACACACACACACCACAAGUGUUCACUGUGUCCCUGUGUCCAGGCAAGACGCUCUCUCCCGACUUACAUGGUAUUUUAAAUGGAAGUGUCUUGUCCUAACCUAACAAGGCAGGAAAAGAACCAUCCGAGCUGGAGAAUGGACCAAAUGUAACCUCAGAGAGACAACUGCAGGACGACUCACCCAAGUGUAAGUGACUGAGGCAGGAGACCUCAGCUGUGGGUGUGGAAGUACUGUUCACAAGUUUUCGUUUGAGUUUUCUGUUUUUAAACACCAAUUCUCCAGUUCAAUGGGUUGACUGUCUACAGCCACUAUUAAACAUUUCUGAAUAUGGACGAGAAAGUCAAGCAACAUUCAUAUCUUCUUCAGCAUUCACAGACCUUCUGCAGACCCCCCAGCAAGUGGGGGAAGUGGAUCUACUAACUCUCAGGUGGAGAAGGGAGAGUCGGGGGAGUUUAAGCUUAGUGAGAGCAAAAUGACUCCAACCUUCCAAGGCCAGUUGGGGUUUUGAGAGAAGUUUCUGCUCAACUUGGGAUCUGGAGGGAGAGUCUUGAUGUUGAUAAAUCUGCCUUGAAUUCAUUGGUUUAACUUGCAUCAAAAUACCAUGUGAGUGUGCUCAUUCCCAUAUAUCCCUACAACCAUUGCCAUUCCACUGUCCUGUGUCUCUUGAGAGAGCCUCUUUGCAUGUUUUCCAGAGUCUGUGUUUUUCCUUUCUUCUCCUUUGUUCUUUUUGCUCAGAGAUGUGACCAGUCAUUGGCCCUCUGGGGCUUUCAUUCGCCAGGAGAAACAUCCCGAAACCAGCACUGUUUAGCUUGAUACCUUUCUAAUGUCCAUGUCAAUUUUCAAUAAAAUUCAAAGAAAUGCUCAA